GAAGUGAUUUUACGGGAGUGGGUCGAGGGCCGGUGAUCGGCGCCGGAGAGGGCCGGGGCUCCGGGGGGGGAGGGGAAAUGGCGGACGACGGCUCCGACGAGUGGCACCCCGCGGGCUGGACUGUGGAUGUCAGAGUGAAGCGGAGCGGCCGAAAGGAUAGGCUUUACACCUCUCCUGAUGGAAUCAGAUUUUCUUCCAAGGUGGAGGUGUUGCGCCAUCUGAAAACUGUACAACACAAUUCUCCUCAAUCGAAGGAGGAGAAAAAUGUCCUCCUUGAGCAAUCUGUGGGCAGUGCUUGUGAUGGCAUUGCACACAUCAACUCCUUUCCAUCAACAGAGGAUAAAAAGGUCCACCCUGAUCAAUUUGACAAAAAUUGCAAUGAUCACAUUGUAGGAAACUGCACCCCUCCGUCCAAAGAGGAGCAAAAGAUUGGCCUUGAGCAUUCUUCAAAAGAUUUUUCGUGCAAUACUGUAGAGAGCGGCUCUCCUACUUUCAAAGGGGAGAAAAUUGUUUGUGGCGGUGCUGUAGACAGCUGUACUCUUCUUCCCGUAGGACAGAAGGUUGAUCUUGAUCGACCGAUGAAAAUGGUUUGUAGUGAAAGUGCAGAAAACCACUCUACUUUAAUCAGAGAGGAGGACAAGGGCAGCCAUCAGCAGUCCCCAAAAGAUGUUUUCAGUGACACUCCAUGGAUCAGCUCUUCUACUUUUGAAGAGGAGAAAAUAUUCAGCCUUGAGGAAUCUGCAAAAGAAGCUCAUGAAAACAAGAUAGAAAGUGGCUCUCCCAAUUUGAGGCAGAAGAACAAAGCGCGGCGUCAGCAGCCUACUGUAAAUGUUGUAGUUGAAAAGGUUGUGGCAGAAGGGUUACCCGAGGGAUGGACCAAAGAAAUGAAAGUUAAAAGGAAGAAUGGUACUGUCGUCAGGAGAGAUCCGUACUACACUGACCCUGUGAGUGGAUAUGUAUUCCGUUCGAUGAAAGAUGUCCGUCGCUAUCUUGAAACUGGGGACAUUGGGAGGCUUGCAUAUAAGCCCCUAGACAAAGAUGAGAUUGAUGCUGAUUUAGAAGACAGCAAAAUCACUUCACCUGUUGUUACCAAGAAGCAGAAAUUAUCGGUUUCUGAAACUGAAAGUACAGAUGAUCAGGGAUCACGACAGAGUGAACAUGCGACAGAUAAACAUAUGUCUAUAUCUGACCAACCUGAAGAAGUCGUGCCCGUACCUGGAUCUUGUGGAAUCUCUGUAGAUGCAGUGGGCAGGGAGGGAACUAAUUUUGGCAGCUCAAGACUUGCAGAUGCUGAAGGUCUAGAGCAGAAUCAAGAGAAGAGCAACUGCAGUGAAAAGGAUCUUCCAGUUCCCGAAGGCAGAGCCCUCUCUGAGGAGCAUUCGCCGCAUACGGUGGUGGCAGAAGGAAACAAAGAGACUGAAGUUUCCAUCCAAAAAUCCCGGAAGAAGAAGAAAGAGAUUGAUGUGCCUCGGCGAGCUUCAAAACGACUUGCUGGAAUUGCUGUUGAUCCCACAGUGGAAAUAACAACAGUUCGAGCAAAUAGAGGCCCAGCAAAGCAUGUCAAUCAGGAAGAAGCUAGUCAGGCUAAAGAUACCACAAGUGGUAGUGCUGUUGCUCCGGAAUCCCAAAGUAUGGAUCAACUUGGGCUGCAACGAGACACAAAAUGCACUGGCAAAGCGGAGGAAGCUGAAGAUCCUUCCAAGCUGGUGGCUGCUUGCAAAGAAGAUCCUGAAGACUCGGAAGGAAACAAGGAAGACGAUAAAAAGAAGCAAGGAGGCACAAAACCAUCACAACAGGAGAGCUUAUCUAUUGCAAGUGAACAUCCUGGAAAUGUUGAAUCUAUACAUAAAUCUGAAGAGAGCCCAGUACUGCCUUUUGAUCUGCCUUCUCAGGAUAUACUUUCUGAUCCAUGCAUUGAGUUUGCUAUAAAAACCCUCACUGGUAUAAGUUUCGAUACUUCCACCGAGAAUGCACUUGAAUUCAGCAAUAGCAGGAACUCUUUCGGGGACUUGGUUCACUCAAAUGUGCAUGGUGAAAACAUGGAAACUGAGAAAGAGGACAACGAAAAGCAGGGGUGUGGUGCUGUUCUGCCACUUCAGAAACUAGCUCAGCCAGAAAAACAUGCGGGGAAAGUUAGUGCUGUAGAAACUGCUGGUGAUGUGCCAGGCUCCUCUCUGAACUUACCUUUCGGGGAUUCAUGGGAGGAUCCGUGCAUUGAGUUCGCAAUAAAAACUCUCACUGGUGCGAUUCCUGUGGAAUAUGGUUUGGACGUACAUGACCUGAUCCAGCAACAGAUGCGUUCAUCACAAAUGCAAGAAGCUAGUGACUUGAAUUUGUCCAAUGCUGGUCUAGAUAACUUUUGUCGGACUGAUUUGUUGUGGCAGCAUUCUGAUACGGCAGUUAAGCCCGUCUGUAGACCUCAAGCGGGGUUAGUGCCCGCGGCACCACAUACCAGUAAUGUUGAUUUCCAAAGAUCAAGUGGUAGUGUUCGACGCCAACACCGUCAGGACAGAAGCAACAAAUGCCAGAGAUAGGGCGAAACCGCUAUCCCAUUUUAAUCAAAUGAAUCUGUACAGGUCCAUCAUAAGCUCUCUUCCGGAUGCAAAUGCUUCCUGAAAGGAAAGUCUUUUGUAUUGAUUUCUCUAGUUAGUCUGACAUGUCACCUUAUUGUAAUCUGUAAUCUCGUGUCGCCAUGGAACGGUGUACCGGGCGUUUCCCAUUGUGGCUUUUUUUCCCGCAGUUGCUGCCCUCACAGAUACACCUUUUGUUUGUUAAACCAAUCAUUAUUCAUUUAACUUAGCUUUGACUCAUAGAUAAGGAGGGUAGUGGGGGUUCUCCAAGAA